AUGUCGCGAUUCGUCGACUCGGUACCUUCACCAGAAAGCCCGCUUCCAAAACAGGUCAUCGUCCUUAGUCUCGGUCGCAAUGGCACUGUCGGCUUAUGGAAGGCACUCAAAGUGCUGGGAUACAAGGCGUAUCACAUGACCGAUACCAUCGGUAGCAUUGCCCACAUGAAGAUGUUUCGUGAAGCUCUCGAGCCCAGGGCGUUUGGCCGGGGCGAGCCUUGGGAACGGCACGAUUUUGAUAAAUGGCUCGGUGACUAUAAUGCUCUCACCGAUAUCCCCGGCUACCUCAUGGAGGAGCUCGUCGCCGCCUACCCAGAGGCCCUCUUCAUCCUCACGGCCCGAGACGAGGACGCCUGGUGCCGAUCGGUCAAGAACACCUUCCAACCCGUCGGCGUCGCUCUCAAGCGCUUUCCUCUCGUCCAGCUGAGACACAUCAGCGCCUGGACAGCUGCCUUUUCAGACAUGGCAGACGCCCUCUGUGCUCAGCUUUGGGGUCCAUGGGCACCGGAAGACAGUGAGGGUCUAGAACAUGCCAGGCAGUUGUAUCGAGAACAUAACGCCAAGGCAGUCGAGCUGGUUCCGUCCGACCGGUUGUUGGUUGUUCGGCUCGAAGACGGUCUAUCGUGGGACACAAUCUGUCCCUUCCUCGGGAAACCCGUGCCGGACGUUCCGUAUCCGCGCGAAAAUGAUCCAAAGCAGUUCAUGAAGACGACGUAUGAUCACAUCUACCAGGCCGUUGCAUCCAGCGCCAUGACGACGCUGGUAGUCCUAGUCCCAGUGUUGAGUGUUUCGAUAUGGUAUUUGAAAGCAUAG